AUGUCGCAUGAAACUUUAAAACUGCAAGCAUCACGAUUAAAAUCAUCUCAAGAAAUUGAAAAGGAAAAACGUAUGUUAUGCAUAAAAUUAGUACCAGCAUCUUUGAAAGCAGAAGAUUUAAAAAAAAUUCUUGAGAAAUAUGGUAAAGUAAACUUGGUUAAAGAUCUACCAUCAGAUUUAAAUUCGAGCCUUAAAUUUCCUUACCGUUUUGCUGAGUGCCCUAAUAUAAAAGAAAUGACGGCUAUCAUACAUGGCAUGAAAAAAGAUGCGUCAGGUUAUGUAGUAGAAGAGAAACAGAAAACAAGCACAUCGAAUAAAUCCAACAGUAGUGGAGAUUUAGAUUCUGAUAAAAAAAAUACGUCAAACAGAAAAUCCCAAGAUAAAAAUUUAGAUUUUCAAAAGAAAAUAGGAAAAGUAACAUCUGAAAAUAAAGAGAAAGAAAAAUAUUCAGAUCAUAAUAACGUUAGAGGAGAAAAUCAGAGUAAACAGGAAAGGGAAAAUAUUGAAAAUUCUAAAAUGUUUAACUGCUUUUUAUGUGGUAAAAUGGCCAACAUGUGCUGUGAAAGAUGCCAAGAAGUUUACUGCAGUCUAACUUGCCAAAAUAAAGAUUGGAGAGAACACAGAUAUGUGUGUUUUAAAAAACCUGAGUUGAUACAUAUUUCACAAAUAGAAAAUUUUCGGAAGAAUAACACCAUCCGAACGGUAAAAAAUGACCAAAAUAAUCCGCCGGUCAGCAAUAAUAUUGGAGUCAAGCACAUUGCUAAGUUGGACAAUAAUACCUCAAAAAAUUCGAAAGAAGCAGAAUUUUUAAAAUCAUUAAAUAAUAACAUUGAAACUAAAAAACUUGUAGGUCCCUUGAAUACUUCAGAUAAAAUUAAAAUAGAUAAAAGUCAAAUGCCGGUUUGCAAUAAAAAGCCUGAUGAAACAAUAAAGCAAAAGAGUGAAAGUAAUAAUAUCUUGAACAAAACCAUUGAAAGAGCGCCACUACCUAAAUCUGGUACGCCGGUGAUCAUGACACACUUUGAUCAACUAAACCGCAUUUAUGUACGUUCAAAUGAACGGCCAGAUAGUGAUAAUUAUGUGGAAGCAAUAAAUUUUGUAAUUGAGUCCGCAAAGAGUUCAAAUUAUUUAUCUUCAAUGCCUAAAACUAAAGAUAUGGUUAUAUGUGAAUUUGAAGGUGACUGGUAUAGAGCUCUGGUAUUGAAUCCGAUUGAUGAAGACAAUAUUUUAAUUGGGUAUAUAGAUUUUGGGAACGCCGAAACUAAAAAACUGUCACAAUUAAAAGAAAUGCAUCCAGACUGUUUCAAUUUUAAAAGAUAUCCAUUUGGUGUAUCACUUAAGGAAGUUCCUGAAAUUUCUCGAGAAAAAAUGUCAACAAAAUGUAAAGAUUACUUGCAACAUAUAAUCGAUAAUUUAGUGCAAUUAAGAAUAAGUUACACAGAAGGCGAAAAAGUUGGGCACCUUCCGCUAGUGGAACUAUUUGAGAACCAAAGUAAUCGAUGUGUGAACGAAAAAAUUAGAAACUUAUUAAAAGAAAAACCUAAAGACAAUUUAAAAUCAGUAUUUUUCAAGGAUUUGAAAUGCGUUAAAAUUGAGCCUGGAGAAAACAAGACACUUAUUAUCUUAGAUAACUCAUUCAUUGAAGCUGGAUUUUUGACAUGUGUUCUAAAAACAAAUCUUUUGGAAAAUGAAAAAAGUGCCGAAAUUUUUACAGAGUUGGCUUCAAAGGAUCCAAAUCCCUAUGAGCCAAUAGAAUCUGAACUAUGUUUGGUAAAGGUACGAGAUAAUCCUGAAGUAUGGUACAGAGCUUCAUGUGAAACAGUUUUGGAAAAUGAUAGAUUAGAAUUGUUGUUGGUAGAUUUUGGCAAUAUUUGUGAAGAAUCUACUUCAAAUGUAAGGAAAUAUCCUAUCGAUUUAAAUAUACCAUGUUUUGCAAACAUGUGCUUCAUUAAAGAUUUAAUGGAAGACAUAAAUGAAGACAAUUUUAAUAAUGAGACAAGAUCAAAACUCAUGGAGGUAUUACCAAAUUUUACGUUUCUUGAAGUAUCUAAAGUUGAAUUGAUUAAAGAUGACGUUUAUAUCACUUUACCUGUACAGACUAUGAAAGAAAUUCGAGAAAAAAUUUCUACCAUUGAUAAUUAAAAUGGCCCUUUGAAAUAUUUGUUCAAAACAAAUUAAGUAUUUUUUUCUGUAUUUCAUUUUUAAAAUUUGUAAUAUUUUAAUUCUUAUAUUUUUAAAUCAUGUUUUAUCUUAAUGAAAUAUAAAUUAUAUAUAACGUUUUUAAAUACUUAUUUAAAGCAUGUAAGUGAAAAAUAUUUUAAUAAAAGUAACGAAUUAUUGA